GUCACCGUUUUUGACAGCCACCGAGUGAAUUGUUUUCGACGAUUAGUUGCAAUAUUUGUAUUUGUUAAAAAAGUUCACCAUGUCCAGAGGAAGCAGUGCUGGUUUCGAUCGUCACAUAACGAUUUUUUCGCCGGAAGGACGUCUGUACCAAGUUGAGUACGCUUUUAAGGCUAUUAACCAAGCCGGCCUAACCUCUGUGGCAAUAAAAGGAGUUGAUACGGCCGUCUGCGUUACGCAAAGAAAAAUCCCAGACAAACUCAUCGAUGCCAACACCAUUACCCAUCUAUUUCAAUUAACCGAGCAUUCAGGAUGUGUUAUGACUGGAAUGAUAGCAGACAGCAAGUCGCAAGUGCAAAGGGCCCGGUAUGAAGCAGCCCAAUUUAAAUACAAGUUCGGCUACGAAAUGCCAAUCGAUGCUUUGUGCAGAAGAGUAGCUGAUAUUUCCCAGGUUUACACUCAAAACGCAGAAAUGAGACCAUUGGGCUGCUCAAUGGUGUUGAUUGGUUAUGAUACUGAAAUUGGACCUUGCGUGUACAAGGCAGACCCUGCUGGUUACUACUGUGGUUACAGAGCUGUCAGCGUGGGAUCCAAGCAGACAGAAGCAAACAGUUAUCUUGAGAAAAAACUGAAGAAGAAACAAGAUUUGCAACAUGACGAUGUUGUUCAAUUGGCUAUAAGCUGUUUGUCAAGCGUUUUAUCUGUCGACUUUAAGCCUACAGAAAUUGAAGUUGGUGUUGUUUCUAAAGAUGAGCCCAAAUUCAAAAAACUUACUGAAGCUGAAAUAGACAGACAUCUUACUGCUAUAUCUGAAAAAGAUUAAUUUUUGUAUUUUGAUAUAUUAAUUCAAUAUAUUUUUAAGGUUUCGA